AUGACGAAGCAGCUGCUCUCAGAGCUUCAGGAGGAGACCGCGAUCACACGCGUGGGGGCGAAGAAUGUCAAGAGUUGGCUGCAGCAGAAGUCGGGCGAGUUCGUGCACUUGUGCCGAGAUGCUGCACGCGAAGGCAAAGAAGAGACAUCCAUGCAAAUUUGGACAGGGCCAAACUGGACAAUAGUCCAAGAAGCAAGGGCGACCGAGCUAGUGGAACCAGGCGUAGCUUGGGAUGUCGAUUGCGAAGUGCUUGCGCCGUUGCUGGAAGCGCAACUGAAGCGCUUCCAUCUCCCCACGUGUAGCGCAACGAAGUGCCGGUACAGCAGCUCACAGCUCCUUGCUGUGACGAAUGGCCCUUCUGGUCACAAGCUGCUUGGGAAGGGCGCGCACGGAAUCGAGGUGCGGGCCAGUUGGACGCCGAACGCAGCCGAAGCUUCCAUGGUCGCCCCCCAAGCGUCUUUCGUGCCAUUGCCGCGGCCCACGGCGAGUUCUGCACCACGCGGUCGGAGGUCGCACCAGCGUUGGGCGGACGGCCUCGAAAGUGUUGAUGCAGGGCGCCGCGACUUCUUCCCAGCAGGUUGGGUGCCCAGCAAAGCUGUCGCGGAGUCGAUCCAGACCUUGGGCUACAGCCCGUUGCAGUGCGGCUCCGUGAUGCAGAGGGCAAGUGCAAUUGCAGAAGAGUUGCGAGAGAUGGGCAUGGGCUACAUGAGCAUGGAGCAUUCAGCGGCCGUCUUGGCGUACACACAAGAGGAGGACCCGUGCCUCUACAUGAAGCUCAACGCCUCGAUGCGCUCCCAAGAUCCCCAGGAUGAGAGGAGGCUGAAGGUCUACCUGGACUACAUCUACCAUCUCACCGAGGCCCUCGCCCUCUUGCCGGCGUAUGCAGGGGCGGCCUACCGUGGCACAAGCAUCUUCUUCAAGAGUGGCUUGUACGAAGUCGGCAAGAAGAUCACCUGGCAGGCCUUCACCUCCACGACCCGGGACCAGCUCGCGGCCAUCAGCUUCCUCCAGUGUGAGUCCAGGAAGCUGUCGGGGACCCUGUUCGUGCUGGAGGUGAAGUCCGGUAGGAGAGUGGAAGCAAUCAGCGAGUUCGUGGAAGAGAAGGAAGUGCUCGUGAGCUACAACUCGUUUUGGGAGGUUACCAAGAUCGUGACCUCCCCGGCGGAGAAAGCAGAGCUUUGCGACGACUUGAGUGCCUAUAACUUGUCGGACUUGGACGUCUACUGCUUGAAGCAGUUGUAG